UUUAAACAUUCACAAGACAAAGAAAGUUUUCUUGUGAGAUAAAAUGUCAUUUGUUACCCUAAUAAUAGUAAGAGGAAAUCACUCCAUUUCAAAAUGUUGAAUGAAGUUGAGAAUGUCACACUUUCGAGACUGGAUUUUGACAGGGGCGUUACCUUUGAAGAUGUUGCUCCUUCCUCCCAGGUAGGCGUUGUUAGUCAGCUACCUGGCAACGAAAGUUCCAUCAAUGAUACUGUCUUCUCUCUGGACCAGUCGUUUCGGCUGUACACCGAGUACCUGGCCAGUGAGUGGCUCCUGUACACCUACCGUCCCCUCUGUGCCACCUUCGGUAUGGCUGGCAACUUGCUGAGCAUCGUCGUGGUCAUGACAACGCCACAGCUACGUCAGAGCUCGACGUCGGUGUUCAUGGUGGCCUUGUCCGUGCUGGACUGGCUCAUCUCCAUGUACUCGGCGCUGACUCUCCUGCCCAAAGAAUCCUUCAUCGGCGAGCAGACCUUCUUCACCAGCACGCUGCAGUGUCGCUUGCAUUACUUCACCAUCUUGUUCGUUAUCCAUUUCGACACCCUGACGAUGGUGGCGAUGACAGUGCAGAGGUUCAUCGCCGUCAGGCACCCGCUGCAGGCCGCGGUCUGGAACACCAAGCGAGGCGCCGCCAUGUGCUUGCUACUGGCCGCGUCCAUCGCCUUUCUGGCCAACAUCGUCCACCUCUUGACCUUUAACCUUCAACCCUUCGAUGGCAGGUACCGAGGACGCUGCAGUCCAGGUGAUGGCUUGGGUCAGUUCAUUCAGAUGCGUGUGUACCCCUGGCUGGAUUCCGCCAUUUACUUUUUUAUCCCCUCCACCAGUAUUUCCUUCUUCAACAUUUUUAUCUACCGAGCCUUGCGAGAGGCGACUCAGUUUAAACAGAAAUCGGCAAACGGUCAUCGGGGCCUUGGAAGAAGCGGUCACUGUGGACCUGGUCCAUUUAGCAGCACGGAGUCCAUCAUCUCAUCAUCACACGCAAGCGACAGUGGCCUUGACCUCUCUUCCUCCCUGGACAUGGACACAGUGUGCCCGCCAUCGAGCGACAAACCGUCAGGAAUGGCCGCUAGAGCCACCAGCGCCGCGUCAACAGACUCCAGAAGGUCGUCCACCCAGCUGUCCAAGAUGUUGUUGUGCAUCUCCAUCGCUUUCCUCGUCCUGACAUCGCCGCUAGGGGUCUUUAUUGUCGUCUUCCGCUACUGGAACCCUCCCUCCGGUCACGAGAAGGCCAUGUUCACGCUGAUCUACGAUGUCACCGAGUGCUUGAUGUUUACCAACCACUCCAUCAACUUCCUGUUGUACUGCGUGUCGGGAACGAGAUUUAGAGAAAGGGCGAUGUCCAUUCUUUUCUGCUCAUUUCGCAAGAAAAAAUAAAACGAAUUGUAUUGCGGCGACACAAUCUCUGAGGAAUGACAACAUUUUCUCGACAAGCAAUGAUUAUUAAAAAACUUAUUAUUGCAAGUUUUCAAUUAAUGCUAUAAAGAUCUAGUUCCCAGUUGUAAUUUGUUUCGUGUGAAGAAUACGCGCAUCGUUAGCAAAGAAGGACGCGCAGGUAACAAUCGUCAUCCAGGUGUUAUUCAGGUACCUUGUUAUCAAACAGCUUCUCAAGGAAUGGCUGUUUAAUGAAUGCUAAUCAACGAUGUAUGGCAAAGAUGAGAGAGUGGGAGGGAGAUACAUCAAUGUCUGCUGCCUCUUCUUGGACUGCAAUCAGCACUAAACGCUUAAACUGCUACUUCUGGCGGUGAACAAAGAUAAGUAGUCUCAGACUGAUGAUGACGAUGAUGAGAAAAAAAAUAAUAAUAAAAAAAUAAAUAAAUAAUAAAAUAAUAAUAAUAAUAAAUAACAACAUGCAUACAGGGAUUGCUUGAGGGCCAGUCGAUUAACUCCCGUUGAUGUUGAUCUGGAGAUGAGGGUUCGAGAUGCCCUCGUCAUGUGUGUCACGUGGGGCAUCAAGAGCAGAUUGUGUGACGUCCUCUUUCUUGGGUUAGUCACAUCUGUGAUACUGCAAACACACUUGGGACACUUGAGUCCAUUGAGUCAGGCCGCCAGCUCAUCUCAACUAGUCACAUGGCAACCACCACCUCAGGGGAGGCUGACUUUAUUUACUCUACAUUUGUGACCAGCAGAUGAAUGAGCGGGAGAAAGCUUUCUCAGCCUCAGAAGGAAGUUUGUCAGCUUCCAGCUGUGAAGAUUUCGACGAGCUCUAGACCUGGU